AUGGAGCGGGCCUGGGCGCAGGGGCUGCGCGGAGGCCGCGGCCCGCCGGCGCUCGGUCUCGCGCUCGGGCUGGCUCUGCUGCUGGCGCGGCCGCCGUCGGGCAGCGCGGGGUCCCCCGAGGCGCAGGAGCCGGCGGCGCCCGGCACGGCGGCCCCGGCCGGGGGCGACCGCUGCCGCGGCUACUACGACGUGAUGGGGCAGUGGGACCCGCCCUUCAACUGCAGCUCGGGCGCCUACAACUUCUGCUGCGGCACGUGCGGCUACCGCUUCUGCUGCCACGACGGACCGCGGCGCCUUGACCAGAGCCGCUGCUCCAACUACGACACGCCGGCCUGGGUUCAGACUGGCCGGCCUCCCGCGCGUGCCCGCGACGCCACGGUGCCCCGGGACCCGGGCCGCGAACGCAGCCACACGGUCGUCUACGCGGUGUGCGGCGUCGCCGCCCUGUUCGUGCUGGCCGGCAUCGGGGCGCGCCUGGGCCUGGAGAGGGCGCACAUACCGCGCGCGCGGCGCACCGUGACCAGGACACUGACAGAACUUCUGAAGCAGCCUGGCCCCCAGGAGCCACUGCCUCCACCUCUGGACCCACCUCUGGGUAGCUGUGUCCAGGUGCAGAUGGGCGAUGGCCUCCCCCGGGGCUCCCUCCACAGGAGCACAGACAAGAAACGCCCCAUCAACGUGCCCCUGGCUUCGGCGACAGCGGGCCCCCCGCGCGCCCCGCGGCUGCAGGGCGGCGGCAGCCUGACGAGGCAGCCGGACUACGCCAAGUACGCCACCCUAAAGGCAGCCGCGCUCAAGGCCGCAGAGGCCUCCCCGUGGGACUUCUACCAGCGUUUUCCCGCGACUGAAGCUGCCCCGCCGACCCUCCCGGCGCGAGCCCGGAGGCCCCCCGAGGACUUGCCUGCACUUCUCGACGCCUGCCCCUGGGCCCCGCCGGGCUACGUGCCUCCCGCCGGCCCCACCCCAUCGGGCCACUACAAGGCCUGGACGGACGGCCGCCCGGCCCAGCCCGCCCCCCGCGGCCACCUGGCGGCUCAUGCCUCCUCAGCGCCCCGGAGGCCCGGCGACGCACCCCGGCGCCAGUUCAGCGUGGAGAAGCUGCCCGAGGCCUUCAGCCCGCAGCCCCCUGGCCUUUAUGGCCGCGCCAGCCGCGGACCCAGGCACCUGAGCACCAACAGCAAAGCCGAGGUCACCGUGUGAAGAAGAGGCCGCUCGUUCUGAGGCACUGCACUGCCAGGAGCCCUCUUCUGCCUGGGGGACUCGCCAUGGGCUUGAUCGGGGGGCCCAGGCUACCGGAAGGAGGGGUGCUGGCCAUGAAGGCCAGCCCUUCUGCCUGCCCACUGGACUAGGAGCCUCGGAGCCUGCAGGGCUCCUGGGCCCACUUGGGUAAAGCCAGUGGUUCUGUCCUAGGGGCCUUAGGGCCCGGGUUCCUUGUGUAAAUAAACCUUUUUCUGUGACUCCCAACCCUGAGAAUAAAGGAGCCCCAGCUUGGCUCUGCGAGGCACUGA